UUGGAACUUUGAGUUAAUCCAAUCGACUUAUUGCCGAAAUGUAUUGUUACCAUAACAAAUUUUGGUGAGUUGGCCAAAAAAAUAAGAUUAUACAGCAAACGGAAAUCGAUAACAUCGACAUCUUCCGUUUACGUGGCGCAUAUUUGGACCUCUUUUUAAUGAUAUUGGUAAAGAUACAACAUAUGCGUUUUACAGUCUGUAAUUCACCGCCAUUAAAAUCGCGAAUGCCGUUAUCUAAGCCGGCAAGAAACAGUUAGGGUAAAGGUGGUUUUAGUUUUUCCUCGGUAGCAUUAGUGCUGGAAUGAAGAAAAGUUAAUGCGUACUUCUGUUCAUAAAAUUUCGCGAAAAUAACAUUUAAAUAUAAAGGCACGUCUUUGAAAUAACAUAAAUAAUGGGAUAUUUAAAGUCUAUAGGUACGGUGAUAAUAUACACUGGUCUUUUCUUAGCUCUGAUUACAUUUUUACCGGGUUUACUUCCACACGCAGAAUAUUCCGAAUAUAGUAUAAAAGUUCCUCACGAUGUAAAAAAUCAGGUGGAAUUAAAAAGUCGAUUGCAGGGAGCAGAAGUAUUAUUUGCUGCAGAGAUCAAAGGUGCCGAAUGUUUUGCGUCAUAUAAUGGAGAAAUAUAUACUGGGGUACGCGGAGGUUAUGUCGUGAAACUCGAAGAAAAUCGCAUUGAACCAAUCGUGAAGUUUGGUCAGAAGUGUGAUGGCUUAUGGCAAGAAGAGAAAUGUGGUAGACCUCUAGGUCUGAAAUUUAAUGAUAAAGGAGAAUUAUUUGUUGCUGAUGCUUACUAUGGUAUUUUUAAAGUUAAUGUUAAGACACGGCAGUAUGUAAACUUAGUCAACAGUUCUAAACCCAUUGAUGGAAAAGCUCCAAAAAUAGUUAAUUCUUUGGACAUUGCAAAGAAUGGAGACAUUUAUUGGACAGAUUCAAGCACAGAUUUUGCCAUACAUGAUGGGCUAUAUACAUUUUUGGCCAAUCCUUCUGGAAGACUUAUUCGUUAUAAUGCAGCAACAAAAAAGAAUGAAGUAUUGGUAAAAAAUCUAGGUUUUGCAAAUGGUGUUUUAUUGAGUGAUGAUGAAAGCUUUGUGAUUGUAUUAGAAUGUCUUACUUCAAGAAUGAUCAAAUAUCAUUUGAAAGGUCCAAAAGCUGGGCAACACGAAAUUUUCGCAGAGGCCCUACCUGGCUUACCAGAUAAUGUACAUAGUGAUGGACAAGGAGGAUUUUUAGUAUCUUUAAUUGUAUCCAUAGAUUCUGAGCAUCCUUUUCUACCUCAUUCUCUGAUGCCACAUCCAUAUAUAAGGAAAAUGUUAUCCAGAUUGUUGUAUUCCAUAGAAGCUCCAUUUAAAAUAUUGCAAGAUAUCUAUCCAAAUUAUUAUGCAGAAAGAUUUAUACAUGCUAUAGGCUCAUUCGAAGCUUUAAAAAUAGUUGAUGUGAAGAAAACAUCGAUAGUACUCAGAAUGGAUAAAGCAGGAAAUAUUUUGGAUGCUUUGUAUUCACCAGACAUGAAAGUUUAUGAUAUUUGCUCUGCAUAUGUACAUAAUGGAUACUUGUGGCUUGGAUCUCCUUGGAACGAAUAUAUUUUGAGAGUUCCAUUGAAACAAGCAUUUCCAGACUUGGCAAACAAUAAAAAAUCAUCAAAUGCAAAAGUACAGAAUAAGGAAGAACCGCUUCUAACGGUUUCCGAGACACCAAACGUGAAAGUAGAAGUGAAAUCCACAAAUACAAAACCUUAUCAAGAGACUGAUAAAAAGUCACGUUCAAAACCAACUAAAGAACAAACAACACAGAAGCCAAGUUCACAAGCAACAACAACAAAACCAACUACACAAAAACCUACAACACGGCUACCUACUACCACCACCACCACCACAACUACUACUACUACUACUACUCCAAAACCAACUACAGCACCACCACCACCACCACCACCUGCUUCAAAAGCUCCAUCGAAAGCAAUUAAAAAAGAUAAUGUAAAAGAAGCUGGAAAAGAUAAUUUGAAGGAUGUUAAAAAAGAUAAUUCCAACUCACAGGCAAAAACUGAAACAAAAAAAAGCACUGAAUCAACAGUAAAAUCAAAGCCCGAUGAAUCCAUCAGAAAAGGCGCUCGUGAAGCUCAACCUACAAAAUCCAAACCAGUAGAAAAGAAAGAUGAUUCUGUUAAGAAGUAAAAAGUUAACUAUUCUAUUGUUCUAUUUUAUGUUAAAGGUUCUACAUAUUCCAGACAUAUCGACUUAUUUACAUUUUACAAGAUUUAAAACCAUAUUUACAUUCCGUUAUUUUAAUAAUGUACUCCUUUUAUUUACAGUUCUCGAACAAAGUUUCAUAGAAUGAUAUUAUAACACGUUUUCUACGUUAUUACAUCUAAUUUUCUCAUGAAUGAUAACAGUAAUUGGGAAAUGCGUUAGAGACUGUGAUUUAGAUUUGUAUAUAAGGUUAAUACUGUGUUAUACAAUAAAAUUAAAUAUUAAAAUAAUA